UCGCCACUCAGUCAAUGCCUUUCACUGUAUUCGAAGAUCUCGUAGUCCAUUUUGUCACAGGUCUUGUUUCGCGUCAUAAAGUUUAGUCUCUUGAAACAUUUUGAUUACAAUGGAUCUAGCGGUGCCAUACUCGCGCGAUAUUACGAGCAACUGCUUUGGAGAUAAUGCUAGAAUCCACCAGGGUGAUAAUCAUUACCACUCGACCAACGAGAAGUCCCAAGAAGACGAUAUGAAAUGCCUCAAGGACUUACGCAUAACGGACCCCCGCGACGAUAAAACUCGUAUUGAGGCUACAAAGGGCGGCCUAUUUAAAGAUUCAUACCGCUGGAUCCUCGAGCAUAGUGAUUUCCGACGAUGGCGCGAUGACGAAUGCAGCCGCCUGCUCUGGAUCAAGGGCGAUCCCGGCAAGGGCAAGACGAUGUUGCUCUGCGGCAUUGUGAAUGAGUUAAUCUCCGGAACGAGACUAAAGGACCAGAAAGCCAACACACUGUUAUCCUACUUCUUCUGUCAGGCCGCCGACGAGCGCAUCAACAGCGCUACGGCCGUGCUACGGGGCCUUAUGUACCUGGUUGUGAAGCAGCAGCCGCUACAUCUCUCCCACAUACAAGAAAAAUAUAAGGAUGGGGGGGAAGCGAUUUUUAAAGAUGUAAAUGCAUGGAUUACAUUAUCCGAAAUCUUCUCAAAAAUCUUAGAGAAUGCAAGCCUGGAGCGGACAUACAUAAUUAUUGAUGCACUUGACGAAUGCGUGACCGACCUACCACAGCUGCUCGACUUCAUCAAUACAAAGUCCACUCUCUUUUCCCGCGUUAAGUGGAUAGUGUCCAGUCGCAACUGGCCAGAUAUUGAAGAGCGUCUUGAUUCUGCCACUCAGCAAAUGAGGCUGUGUCUAGAGCUCAACGAAAAGUCCAUCUCUACAGCCGUCGAUGCAUAUAUUAAGCACCAAGUCAAAUGGUUAGCCCAGAAAAAAAAAUACAAUACUAUAACCAAAGAUGCUGUUUACCACCACUUAUCCUCUAAUUCUAAUAAUACCUUCCUCUGGGUAGCCUUGGUCUGUCAAAACCUAGAGAGGAUUUCAUUACAAAGUCCUCUCCGAAUAUUAAAUAAGUUUCCGCCUGGACUUGAUUCUUUAUAUAAGAGGAUGAUGGAGCAAAUAUAUGGUUUAGAGGAUAGCGAUGCUAAAUUUUGUUACCAGAUCCUUGCGACCGUGUUGCUCGUGUAUCAGCCUGUUACACUGGCUGAGCUUGGCACCCUUAUUGAGUCCACAGACAAUGAUCCUGUAGAUGCCGAGUUGAUCCAUAAGGCAAUAGGGUUUUGUGGCUCAUUUCUCACGAUGAGAGACAGCCGGGUUUACAUUAUCCACCAGUCAGCCAAGGACUACUUGAGUGGCAAAGCAGCAUCUACUAUUUUCCCUUCUAACUCCGCCGACAUCCAUGGUGUCAUCUUUGUGCGGUCAAUACAAGCUAUGUCUACCAGAUUACAACGGAAUAUCUAUAAUUUACACUCACCUGGAACCUCAAUCAAUAAUAUAAAGGCUCCAGAUCCAGAUCCGCUAGCCGCUGUGCGUUACUCCUGCGUCCAUUGGGUCGACCAUUUCUGUUAUAUAUAUAACAGUAAUAAGGACCAGGUUAACCAUGAGUGCCAGGAGGUCUUCCUAUUCCUUCGAAAGUACUUCCUGUACUGGCUUGAGGCUUUAGGCCUUAUGGGGUAUGUAGAGGAUGUGAUUCUUUCAAUGAUAGGGCUAGAGAAUCUACUGAGAGGAAAAUCACUGGGCUGCCAAUCAUCCGACUGCCAAUUAUUAGAACUCGUACACGACUCACGACGGUUUAUUCAGCGGAACAGUUUGGUGAUUGCGGAUAGUCCACUCCAGGUAUAUACGUCAGCGCUUAUAUUCAGUCCAUUGAACAGCUUAAUACGGAAAAUAUUUAAAGAGGAAGAACUGCAAUGGCUAAAGGUUAAGCCUAUAGUGGAAUACAAUUGGAGCCCUUGUUUACAGACGCUAAGUGGCCAUAGCCGUUCAGUUAGGUCGGUAGCCUUCUCAGCGGAUGGCCGCUACCUCGCCUCAGGCUCAGGCGAUCACACCAUCAAGAUCUGGGAUGCAACGACAGGCAAAGAGCAGCAAACAGUAGCCUUCUCAGCGGAUGGCCGCUACCUCGCCUCAGGCUUACACGAUCACACUAUUAAGAUCUGGGAUGCAACGACAGGCAAAGAGCAGAAAACACUUAAGGGCCAUCGCAAUGUAGUCUGGGCAGUAGCCUUCUCAGCGGAUGGCCGCUACCUCGCCUCAGGCUCAGAAGAUAACACCAUUAAGAUCUGGGAUGCAAUAACAAGCAAAAAGCGGCAAACACUUAAAGGCCAUCGCAAUACAGUUUCCUCAGUAGCCUUCUCGGCAGAUGGGCGCUACCUCGCCUCAGGCUCAUACGAUCACACCAUCAAGAUCUGGGACGCAAUAACAGGUAAAGAGCAGCAAACAUUUAAGGGCCAUCGCAAUGUAGUCUGGGCAGUAGCCUUCUCAGCGGAUGGCCGCUACCUCGCCUCAGGCUCAGAAGAUAACACCAUCAAGAUCUGGGAUGCAACGACAGGCAAAGAGCAGCAAAUACUUAAGGGCCAUCGCAGUUGGGUUCAGUCAGUAGCCUUCUCAGCGGAUAGCUGCUACUUCGCCUCAGGCUCAGAAGAUUACACUAUUAAGAUCUGGGAUAUAACAACAGGCAAAGAGCAGCAAACACUUAAGGGCCAUUGCGAUAUAGUUGAGUCAGUAGCCUUCUCAGCAGAUAGCCGCUACCUCGCCUCAGGCUCAUACGAUGACACCAUCAAGAUCUGGGAUGUAACGACAGGCAAAGAGCGGCAAACCCUUAAGGUUGCCACUGCGAUUCAUACUAUAUCCUUCGACAAUACGGCCUCAUACCUGUAUACCGAAAUCGGGCCUAUAAAAUUAGACAUAGAACAUCAAACUAGGGCCCAAUCUACGAUAGCAAACCAUGUUAGCUACGGCCUAAGCACCGAUAAGUGUUGGAUCACCUGGAAUGGGUAUAAUAUAUUGUGGCUUCCGCCUGAAUACCAGCCUUCCAUGUCGGCUGUAUGCCAUCAUGCACCGCCUUUUGCGUCGCCACAGGUGCCGUUAACGGAUGUAGUUAUAGGUCUGGGUAAUGGGUUAGGGCGAGUGGUGGUAUUUAGGAUGUCGGGUUCGAGGCCAUAUUCCCUGUUAUAAUCUCUGAGACUGACACAUAUUUCUUUAUCUCACUUUUUGUUUAAAAAAACGGGGUGUCAAAAGAGGAAGCCAAUUAUGCACACACUCACUGUAGCUCUUAGGCCUUCAGUAGGGCUUAGAAAUGCUGUGAAUAUCACAACAUAUCUACAGCGACCAAAAGCGGUCCAGCCCUAUAGUGAUACAUUUAGGAGCGAAAUAUAGUAGAUAGAAAUAAUGAAUACUUCUCUGUAUUUA